AUGCAGCUCGUCUUGGCCGUGUGCCUGCUAUUUGUCGCCCUCGUGCAGGGCGGCUCUGCAGCAGAAGCCCUGCACCGUCGCGAGUACUUCUACGUCGGCGGCGAGUACCUCAACACCACCGAUGGCUGGCUAUUCCACAACCAGAUGUACGUCGAGAAGCUCUCGCCGUCGGGCGGCAGCACCCAGCCAUACCCGAUUGUCAUUCUACACGGUGGAGCUCAAACCGGCACUAACUUCCUGAAUAAACCCGACGGCGGCAGAGGAUGGGCAUCAUGGUUCCUGGAGCAGGGAUAUGAAGUGUACAUCCCCGACCGAACCAUGACCGCACGCUCGGCCACGAUUCCCCAAGACGGUUUCUCAGAGGACGUCUUCUCGGCGGAGUUCAUUGCCCAGCGAUUCACAAACGUGCAGGACUAUCCACUGUGGCCUCAAGCCAAACUACACAGCCAGUGGCCUGGAACCGGCGAACGCGGCGACAACGUCUUCGACACAUACUACGCAAGCACAGUGCAAUCCAUCUCGGACAGUCUCGCGCAAGAACAAACCAUGAAAUCCGCCGGCGAAGCCCUGCUCGACAAAAUCGGCCCUGUCGUGCUAAUCACCCACUCCCAGGGCGGCCUCUACGGCUGGUCCUGGGCCGACAGCAGACCCUCGCUCAUCAAAUCCCUUAUCCAGAUCGAACCGAAGGGUCCCCCAUUCCGCGAAGUGAUCUUCUCGACCUCCCUUAGUCGGCCGUGGGGGUUAACCUCGAUCCCGCUCACCUAUGAACCCGCACCGACGAAUAUGACCGCUCCGCUGGCCAUGAAGACCAUCGCGUCUGACUCCCCUGGGGAAUUGCUGGAGUGUAUAAUCCAGGCCGAGCCGGCGCGGAAGCUGACGAGGUUGGCGGGGGUGCCGAUUCUGAUUGACACCGGGGAGGCGUCGUACCAUGCGCAGUAUGACUACUGUUUUAUCAAGUUCCUGGCGCAGGCGGGCGUGCAGGCGCAGCAUUUGGACCUAGGGAAGAGGGGGAUCCACGGGAAUGCGCAUUUGCAGUUUCUGGAGCAGAACUCGGAUCGCAUUGCGGGCGUUUUGCAUGAGUGGAUUGGGAAUGUUACGAAGACUUAG